AAUUUUUGUGGUUAAAAACGAAUAGUAACAAAAUAUAAAUAAUUAUGUAUUGAGAAUAAAUAUUGUUUGACGUGGGAGAAGUAAUGAAAAUCAGUUUAAAAAUUAUUGUCAUUAGUUGUGUUGUAUAUUAUGAUAAAUCAAGUUAGUUUUUAAAUAACAUUACAUUAAAAUGGCAAAUACGGCACAAACAUUGGCCAAUCGCAAUAAGAAGCACUUUAUGGGAGUACCUGCACCUUUAGGUUAUGUAGCUGGUGUAGGAAGAGGUGCCACUGGAUUUACUACUAGAUCUGAUAUUGGUCCAGCGAGAGAUGCCAAUGAUGUUUCUGAUGACCGGCAUGCUCCGCCAGUAGGAAAAAAGAAGAAAAAAGAUGAAGAGGAAGAGGACGAUGAAGAUUUAAAUGACUCAAAUUAUGAUGAAUUUUCUGGCUACAGUGGUUCUCUAUUCUCAAAGGAUCCAUAUGAUAAAGAUGAUGCAGAAGCUGAUGCAAUUUAUGAAGCUAUAGAUAAGCGCAUGGAUGAGAAAAGAAAAGAAUAUAGAGAAAAAAGGCUCAAAGAAGAUUUGGAAAGAUAUCGGCAAGAAAGGCCAAAAAUUCAGCAGCAAUUUUCAGAUUUGAAGAGAGAUCUUAUUGCAGUGUCUGAAGAAGAAUGGGCAAAUAUACCAGAGGUUGGGGAUGCAAGAAAUCGCAAACAACGAAACCCUAGGGCAGAAAAAUUUACUCCGUUACCUGACAGUGUUUUAUCAAGAAAUUUGGGAGGAGAAUCUACUACAAGUAUCGAUCCUAGCUCAGGACUUAGUUCAAUGAUGCCCGGAACAAGCUCAGUUGGAAUGUUGACUCCUACAGGGGAUCUGGAUUUAAGAAAAAUUGGACAAGCUAGAAAUACUUUGAUGAAUGUUAAACUAUCUCAAGUGUCAGAUUCAGUGACAGGACAAACAGUUGUAGAUCCUAAAGGAUAUUUAACUGAUCUGCAAUCAAUGAUACCAACGUAUGGUGGCGAUAUUAAUGACAUCAAAAAAGCUCGUCUUCUUUUAAAAAGUGUUAGAGAAACAAAUCCGAAUCAUCCUCCAGCUUGGGUAGCAUCAGCAAGGUUAGAGGAGGUAACUGGAAAAGUUCAAGCUGCUAGAAAUUUAAUAAUGAAAGGUUGUGAAGUGAAUCCACUCUCAGAAGAUCUAUGGUUGGAGGCUGCACGAUUACAACCACCUGAUACUGCACGCGCUGUUAUUGCUCAGGCAGCUAGGCAUAUUCCAGCAUCCGUUCGUAUUUGGAUAAAGGCAGCUGAUUUGGAAAUAGAGACAAAAGCAAAACGUAGGGUUUACCGCAAAGCGUUAGAACACAUUCCAAAUUCUGUGAGACUUUGGAAAGCAGCAGUGGAAUUAGAAAAUCCAGAAGAUGCUAGGAUUUUAUUAUCACGUGCUGUGGAAUGCUGUCCUACAUCAGUGGAACUUUGGUUGGCAUUAGCCAGAUUAGAAACAUAUGAAAAUGCUAGGAAAGUUCUGAAUAAAGCUAGAGAAAAUAUUCCCACAGACCGACAGAUCUGGACAACUGCUGCUAAAUUGGAGGAAGCUAAUGGUAAUAUUCAUAUGGUAGAUAAAAUUAUUGAAAGAGCUAUAUCCUCCUUAACAUCAAAUGGUGUUGAAAUAAAUAGAGAACAUUGGUUUAAAGAAGCUAUUGAAGCUGAGAAAUCUGGUGCAGUGCAUUGUUGCCAGGCUAUAACUAGAGCUAUCAUUGGAGUCGGUGUUGAAGAAGAAGAUCGUAAGCACACUUGGAUGGAAGAUGCUGAGAAUUGUGCACAACAAGGUGCAUAUGAAUGCGCUCGUGCAGUUUAUGCAUAUGCUUUAUCAACAUUUCCUUCAAAGAAAAGUAUUUGGCUUCGAGCAGCUUACUUUGAAAAGUCUCACGGUACGCGUGAAACAUUAGAGAGUCUUUUACAAAGGGCAGUUGCUCAUUGUCCUCAAUCAGAAGUACUCUGGUUAAUGGGGGCUAAAUCUAAGUGGUUGGCUGGUGAUGUACCCGCUGCUAGGGGUAUCUUAUCACUUGCUUUUCAAGCAAAUCCUAAUUCUGAGGAAAUUUGGUUGGCUGCUGUAAAAUUGGAAUCUGAAAAUGAGGAAUAUGAAAGAGCAAGAAGAUUGUUGGCCAAAGCUCGAGCUUCUGCUCCGACACCAAGAGUUAUGAUGAAAAGUGCCAAGUUGGAAUGGGCACUUAAUAAUUUAGACAUAGCAGUUCAAUUAUUGGGUGAAGCAAUUCAGAUAUUUCCUGAUUUUCCAAAAUUAUCCAUGAUGAAAGGACAGAUUGAAGAGCAAAAAAAUGACUUGCCUAUGGCACAUAGCACUUACACAAGCGCGUUAAAAGUGAAUCCAACCUCGGUUCCAUUGUGGCUGCUACUAUCUGGUUUAGAAGAGCGCAGAGGUGCUCUCACUAAAGCACGUUCUGUGUUAGAGAGAGCAAGAUUUAGAAAUCCAAAAAGUGCAUUGUUGUGGCUGCAAGCAAUCCGAGUAGAAAAUAAAGCUGGUUUCAAAGAUAUGGCAGGAACUUUAUUAGCAAAGGCUCUUCAGGAAUGUCCCAAUGAUGGUGUAUUGUGGGCUGAAGCAAUUUUUAUGGAACCUAGACCACAACGUAAAACAAAAUCUGUGGACGCUUUGAAGAAAUGUGAACACGAUCCACACGUCCUGCUUGCUGUGUCAAAACUUUUUUGGAGUGAACAUAAAUUUCAAAAGGCUAGAGAUUGGUUUAACAGAACUGUUAAAAUAGAACCAGAUAUUGGUGAUUCAUGGGCUUAUUUUUAUAAGUUUGAAUUACAAAACGGAACACCAGAGCAACAAGAAGAUGUUAAACAGCGGUGUAUAGCUGCUGAACCUCACCAUGGAGAAGUUUGGUGCAAGGUUUCUAAAAAUAUUCAAAAUUGGUGUCUUGGAAUUGAGCAAAUACUUCUUUUAAUUGUGAAAGAUCUUCCAAUACCGGUGUAAAAAUGAUUAAUUAUUGCUUUUAAU